AACUACAGUUUUAACAUAUUUGAACUGUACUUUGUUUUAGUUUUUCAUACCCUCGUAGAUGGUAUUAUAAUUUCUGUCAGAUGUUUGCAAGGCAGUGAAGGAGACAUUUCCGACCCUAUCAAGUAUGUAUAUUCUUGAUCAGCAUCACUAGGAGAGUUGAUCUAUCUAUGUUCUUCUGUCCGUCCGUACGUCUGCCCGUCCGUUUCUAUGAACAUAAAAGUUCAUUUUGCGCGGAAUAAAUCGGUUCUAAGCUACAAAAAUCGCUUCCUAAUAAAUCCACAAUUUAUGUGCAACAACAAAUCAUUUAAGAAACAGUACAUAACAUAAUCCAAGAGCACAAAGACAAAACACUCGACACAUAAAACACUCAAUUGAAAAUCUCUCGUCACCAACACAACACCAACUCAACGAAGAAUAAAAACAAAACAAAUUAUGGUUUUGCCAGAGGGAAAACGCUUGAAAGAAACCUCUGGCUCUAAGCGCGGGCGCCCCUCUGACGCUGCCUAUGACACUGCCUCACCAAUGUUUAUCGCGGCAAUCAAUAGCCGUUUUGAUGAACAAGCCCAGCUGAUCAAGUCCACCAUCCGUGAGGUCGAGGAGAGAAUGCUUGAUCGCAUGUUGCAGCUGGAGCAGGAGGUUGAGGAGCUGCGCUCCCUAAAAUCCCAAAUUGGCACGGUGCAAGCUCUGCUUCGCGACAAACCUUGUUCCGGCUCCGAGAGUCCGCGACAUUUUUAGGGUCCGAAAAUCGCAAAAUUCACUGGUCGACCCGCCAAUUCUGAUAAAAUUGGAAACUACGAGGGAAAAAGUUUCACUUCUUCGCGCACUGGCUGAUUUCCGAGGCACAACAAAACAGCAACUGAGCAUACACCUGUUGGGCUUUGACUCGCCGGCCGCUCUCUAUGUUAAUGAGCAGCUCAUGAGAGAUAAUUUCCUCAUAUUUAAAGAAGCCAUGCGUUUGAAGAAGCAGAAAUCUCUUGCCGCUGUUUUUACGCACCGUGGGAUUGUGCACGUGCAGUGCAGUGGGAGAGAGGACAUUUACGUUAUCCAGCAACUUGAUGAGCUCUCAGCGAUCACGGCUGCUGAGUCUGCUCUCGCCCUCUCUGGAUCCAGCGCACUGGUUGCCGAAGUUACCCCUCGUGCUGCCCAAAAUAGCUUUCGUAAAUAACAUCUCUUAUGCAGUUGAUCUCUUUAUUUUUAUAGUUUUUAAGAGUAAUUUAGGUUUUCUAGUGGUAAGCUUUUUUCGUUCAAAUCUAGCUUAUCCCUUCUCAAUUCAUAUGUGCGUUUCCCAAUUUACCUUACCUUGUUAUAAUGCAGGUCAGUACAAAUAAUGCAACAGCGAGCAGUCUGCUGAGAAUUCUGUGUAAACAAAAAGUUGGUCUGAAGAUUGUCCACAUAAAUGCUCAAAGCUUGGUCAGAAAAAUUGAUGAGUUUAGGGAACUUUUUGUAGGAUCAAAUGUUGAUAUAGUGUGUGUUUCAGAAACAUGGUUUGUGGUUACAGUGACGUCCCUUUUGAAUGCGAUGGCUACGUGUUGCAUAGGUCAGACAGAUUAGAACACGCAGGUGGUGUGGCGAUUUUUGUAAGCAACAAAUACACUUCGAAGCUUAUUAAAUCAAACCCGAUCGAAGGUAGAGUUGAAUAUUUGUUUCUGGAAGUCGUAGAUCCUAGUUCCAAAUCAAAAAUGUUAAUCUGUUGUAUUUAUAGACCCCACCGAAUGACCGAAUAUACUGAUCUCUUAGAGUCCGUAUCAGACAUAUCUGUGGCGUACGAGCACGUAAUCCUGGCUGGAGAUCUUAAUAGCAAUAUGAUCAGAGAACAAAGUGUACAAAAUGACUUUAACUCUCUUGGCCUAAGCUUGGUAAACUGUCCACUACCUACGCAUUUCACAAGUACCUGUAGCUCUUUGUUAGAUGUUUUCCAGCUGUGUGUGCCAGCGUUCUCUAAACAUGACUUGAUAUUUAUGACAUAUGAUUUUAUUUCUGACAAUUCAACACGAUUUUUUAACUAUAGGGACUAUAAAUCAAUCAAUCUCAACAACCUACUAACUGAAUUUGACAAUUAUGACUGGACAAAUAUUUAUGACUUGACUUCGCCACAGGAUCAACUUCUAUUAUUUAAUUCCAACAUUCGACGGCUAUUUGAACACUGUGUACGGUUAAGAACAAAAACACAAAAACCUGCCGUACAGCCAUGGUUUAAUUUGGAAAUUAAAAAAAAAAUUUGCCUGCGGGAUAAUGCCUACAAGCGCUGGAAAAGGUAUAAAACUGAAAGCCUGCACAUCAUUUUUAAACAACUGAGAAAUUUAGUCACAAAAUCGAUCUCUUCCUCCAAACGUAGAUUUUAUAAUGAUAAAUUUGCCAAUGCAGAGACUCCUGGUCAAGUUUGGAAGGAUUUGAGAAGCCUAGGCAUAUGAAAUCAAAAUGCUAUGGCUAAAUCGGACCUGAUGUAGACGCCCUUAAUAAGAAGUUUUCAGAGGUUCCUUCCGUCAUUCCUACACAUAAUUUGUACCUGAACUCAGCAACAUUCUGUGAUACUAUUUUUAGCUUUAUGUGUGUACGUCCAUGUGAAGUCCUUGAAUGUAUACUUAAAGUAAAAUCAAAUGCAGAAGGUCUAGAUAAUGUUAGUCCCAAAUUUAUAAAAAUCCCAAAACUAAUUUGUUAUAUUAUCCAUAUUUUUAAUACAGUUUUUACCACGUCAAUUUUUCCUGAUUGCUGGAAAAUUGCUAAAAUUUUGCCCGUCCCGAAAUCAAAAUAAGAAUUUAGACCAAUUUCCAUCUUGCAUUUCUUUGCUAAUUUUUUUUGGCAAUUAGUUGCCCUGCAGAUGCAAGCUUAUCUAGAGAACAAUUAUCUUCUAAGUUGUAAGCAAUCAGGUUUUAAAAAGCACUGCCAUUUUAAAGAUAUCCGAAGACAUUCGCCAAAAAAUCGAUGUCAGCAAAGUAACCCUCAUAACACUUCUUGACUUUAGCAAAGCAUAUGACUCGAUAAACCACGAAAUACUCUGCACAAAGAUUCGCACACUGUACAAUUUCUCUUCAAGUGCAAUAAACCUCAUCCGAACAUAUCUCACAAACAGGGUGCAGGCCGUCGUCUCCGUGUCGCAAAAAUCUCCAUUUCUGCCUCUCACACAAGGCUCAGUUUUAGGUCGACUGCUUUUCUCGUUAUAUGUAAAUGAUCUCCCUAAAUGUAUUUCUGUUUGUGAUGUGCACCUAUGUAUAUGCAGAGUUGCAGUUAUAUGUUUGUCAAAUUAGUGAGUGUAUUAGAAUUAGCAUUAAAUUAAACAAAUAAAUGAUUGGGCUGAUGCGAACGGGUUAAGACUCAAUCCAUCCAAAUCAAAGUGCAUUCUAAUUUAUAAAAAAUCAAUUGACUUUAGCUGUCUUCCAAAGAUUGAGGUAAAUAAUGUUGAA